AUGACGAUGAAAGAGAAAAAUGACCAGCUUCCACUUUUUCGGUGGUUGUUGUUUCCACUGGCAAUUUUUUUGACUUCGAUUCCUUCCAUAUUUCUCUCACAAGCAAAAAACCCCAAUAAACUAGUUCCAUCGUCAAUCGCCACAAAAAUAUCCACAAAUGCAAAAAUCCCCGCUGGAAUUGUUCUGACACCGUCACUGUCGUUCAACGGAGGUGGUGACGAUGUAUUGGUCACGUGUAUAUGGGUUAUUACGAUGUUGGGAGUUUCGGGGCUAGUACGAGAAAAGAAGUUUUUUGCAUUUCUUAUCGCUUUUACUGCACUGCAAACUUUUCUCGCGUUCUGUGGGGUAUUUUCUAAUAAUCGCGCAAUCGCAUCAAGUCUGAAUGGUGCAUGGCAAAGAGCCUACGAAAAUAACAAGGACCUACUUAAAGAAAUUCAAUACGAGUUCUCGUGUAAGGGAUUUGCAUCGAUCGAUGAUCGACCCGUGGAAAUUACGGAAUCGUAUGAUGUUUCGUGUGGAAUAGUAAUGGUACAAAGAUUCGGACCGCAACUUUAUUAUGUUGCAAUGAUGUUGCUUAUUUCGAGAUUAGUUCAGUCGAUCGGGGUAUUUGCAUUAACAUACAUAUUCCAAAAACUCACACCACCAUCGCCACUUAACGAGAAUCCUGAAUUCUUAAUGGAUCAUUAUCAAAAUGAAGAACUGGAACUAGAUUCAAGUGCACAUUACAGCGCCAGUAUUGUAGAUUCAAUAGCAACUUCAAUAACUACAAAAGAUAAUUCUCAUGCCCAUCUCGUCGGAAUGUUAAUCGAUAUUUUAUUGUUGCAAUGCCGCAUAUUAACGAGAAGAACUAUUCGUGUGUAUACACAGAGUAGUACCAUUGCAAAAUGGGCAUCAUUUUACACUUCGUUCUAUCAAAUACCCCCAGAUUAA